UCCAAUGACGUUUUGAUAUUGUUCAGGCUCGAAUGUACUCUCAAUUCUUCUGCGCAGUUCUAACACUAACCAUAUCAUGCCUGUCUAACGCCUACAUCACUAACAAUGGACGUAUGAGAACUUUUGGGACUUAUAAUGUACCCAAGCUGGGACAAUGUGUGAUUGGUGGACCUUACGCGAGCGGUCCCAUGUACAGCUGUCAUGGAGCAACAUUCGUAGAAACGACUGGCUUUUUCCAACCAUGCACUCAACAUAGUCAAUGUUACCACGCAAGAGAACCUACGGAAUGGUGCCGCCUGCUACCACAUCAGUCUUGGACAAACGAGGGCUGUCAUUGCGACCAAAAGGUGGGAAGCUGUGUGAUCGAACGUUUCGACAAUAUGAUAGGUCAACUGCAAUGGACUUUCUGCACACCAAAAGCCGAGUUUUACUGCUGAAACACACAACUCCUUCAAAUAAAUUGUACUGCAACCCAAUGAUUCGCUUUUUAGAUUCAGAUUCUCGUUAAGUAUGGUCUAAGUCAGCUGGCU